GAACAGGGACCGCGAGAACCAGGACCUGCAGGGCGAGUACCGCCUGGUCGGGGUGCACCACGGGCGGCCCGCCUACCGGAAGCCGGGCACCCGCACCGUCAUCCGCUACUGGUCCGUCGCGGACCGCUGGCUGAUCGACCGGGAGGGCCUGCAGGAGUCCGACACGUGCAACGCCUACGCCGAGCAGGGCGGCCGGCCGCACCCCGCCUUCGAGGACCUGGUCUGGCGCGUGUGGGAGACGCAGCACGGCGAGCACGUGAGGCCUCGGCUGCUGCGGGCCACAGCUCAGCCUCCGCCCGUGACCGUGGUCGGGCGGGCGUGCGGGAAGGAGAACUGGGCCCUCAACGGGCAGUACAAGCUCGUGGGCCUGCACCAGGGGCGCGUGGCGUACCAGAAGACCGGCAGGCACAACCACGCCAUCCGCUACUGGGCCCGGGGCGACAGGUGGCUGGUGGACCUCGAGGGCCUCCGGGACGUCGACGUCUGCAACGCCUACGCGGACUCGCACGGCUCUGCGCACCCGGGCUCCCCCGGCCUCUUGUGGAACGUCUGGGAUUCUUCUCGCGGCGCGCACGUGAAGGACACCUCGAUGCACGCCCUGGUAGCCCCGAGCGUCAUCGAGCUGAUCGGCCGGGACCCUCCAAAGGAGAACACCGGCAUGAACGGGACCGACUUAUCACAUCUACGCGAUGCGCAACGGCAGGGCCGCGUACCUCAAAGCGGACGGCACCGGCCACCCGUCCGGUACUGGCCGAGGGAGGAGAGAUGGCUGAUCGACCUGGAGGGCCUGAGGGAGGCGGACGUGUGCAACGCGUACGCGGAGGCCACCGGCGGCCUCGAGCACCCCGGGGACGUGUCGGUGAUGUGGCACGUCUGGGAGACCAGCCGGGGGCGGCACCUCACGGACCCCGCGGUGCGCACCCUGGUCGCGCCGCACUGGGUCCGCAUCUCGGGGCGGAGCGCGCACAAGGAGAACUCCGCGGUGAAUGGCGAGUACGAGCUGGCGGGCAUGUGCGAGGGCAAGGUUGCGUACAAGAAGGGGAGCGCGGAGCACGUGAUCAGGUACUGGAAGUCGGAGGACGACCGCUGGAUCAUCGACCUCGAGGCUGGCUUCUCCGGGGGCGACAUCGCCAACGCCUACGCCGACGCCAAGGGCGCCGACCACCCCGGCAACAGCGAGCUGGUCUGGCACGUCUGGGAGACGAGCCAGGGCAGGCACAUCGCCGACGAGGAGGUGGUCGCCGACGAUGUGUGGAUGUCUCCUCCCGACUGGAGCAAGGUGCCAGGCGUCCACGACGAAUUCGCGCAGGGCAGCGGCGACGAGGGCGGCUGA